AUGGCGGUCAAGGCGGACGUUUUUGCCGGUAGUAUCGCCGCGGAGCUCACCACCAAGGCGCUGCUCCACCCGCUCGACACGAUCAAGACCCGGCUGCAGUACACCGUCGUCCCAAAGCGGCAGCGGGCCGGCGCCUCCUCCAUCCCGAUCGUCUCUGACCUGCGGCUUGGCUUCCGCGUGCUCGCUGAUGCGACGCGGUCACCGGAGCACUCGAUGAAGGACCCGAGCCUCCGCCCGCGCUCCCGCGCCGCCGACGCCGCCAACGCAGCCCGCUCACUCUACCGAGGGCUGACGCCGCAGCUGGUUGGCGUGGUGCCGAUCGCGCUGGUGUACAUGCCGUCGUACGAAGUUGCGAGCGGCGCGCUCAAGGGCACGCCGCUGCAGUCGACGCCGAUCGCGGGCGUCCUCACCGGCGUCGCCUCCGCCGUCGUCCGCGUGCCCGUCUCCGUGAUCAAGGAGGGCCAGUCCCCUGCUGCAGGCGGGCUGUACGCCGGGCUGCGCGCGACGGUCGUACUCGACACCAGCUACGCGGCCCUCGACACACCUGCCUCGAGCGACUCCCCCUUCGGCCAGGCAGGACCAGCGUCGCGUGCCGAGGGGAUGGCGUCGCUGUGGCGCGGGCUGCUGCCGCGGCUCGUCACAAAGUCGACGGGCUCGCUCGUCUGGUACACCACGUACAUGGAGGCGAGGCGCGCCUUCAACGCGGCGAGACGAACGUCGGCCGACGGGUGAGCAAUGCGUUUGCGGGGUGGCCGAGGUUUGGAGUACUCUUUGGGAAGUUGUGCGCGAGGAGGGCUGUCCGGAUCAGAGUGUGUCAACAGUGUGAAGUUCAGUUUCACCUUAAUACUACAUUUCAAGAGCCA